AUCUGAAAACUGGCUUCAGCAACUCGCAGAUUGCUGAGGAAUUUCACUCGAUUUGAUCUGAACAUGUAAGUUGCAGCCUGACAUUCUUGUCCGAUUCUCCUUUUUGAAGUUCAAUUUCACUUUCACCCUUCCGAUUAUGUUCAGGAAUGAAUGACAGCGGAACAGGGAAUGAUUUAGACAGUGACGUUAAAGUUGAUUUUUUUUUAUUGGAGUGGAGUUUUAAAGAAGACAACAAUUUAUGAACUUUAUGUGAUUUGUCAAUGGCGGGUUUGGAUAGACAUUAUUGAGACUUGACGAAAUUAUUGCAAUAAGGAUGGAGAGAUUAGGAAGGGGUUGCUUCCUUCUUUCGUCUACUUCAUUCACAUUCUUGAAUUUAUUGCGUGCAAGCUAUUCGAUGAAAUGCCUUCUCAAACGGCCAAACCCUUUUUUUUUUAAUUUUGUUCUCUGAACAACACCACCGUUAGAUGUUUCUUAUACUCUGAAUCCAACUUCAAGGUUAUUAUUUUCUCAAAUCGCAAUCACCCAUCAAAAUCCAGGCUUGUUCUUGUUGUGUCAUUUGAGGCUUUAAUUGCUUGAGUUUUUAGAAGGUUUUGCUCAAUUUGUUGCAGGUUCUUCCAUUAAUGGUAAUAGAAGCAUAUACUUGAUUUAGCUGGUACACAAAUGUGUGUUCUCCAUAUCUGAUGAGCAUCACCUUUUGUGGGUUGAUUGUCUGUUCUGAGUCCUGUCAUUGAUUUCUUUCACUCCCUUUUUUGGCCUUGUUUGAAGAUUGAUAUGGGAGGGCAGAUUAGCAAAAAGCCCGACGAGGAAACUUCGGUACCUGCAAUAAACACUCUGCAGGACAAAACGGAGCUGAUGAAUUCAUAUGAAGCGGCGUGCAGGGAUGACGCGGAUUUGCAGAAUUUUGAUCUGACCCUACAGGCUCGAACCAGUCAGGUGAUUAGUACCCUUGCUGCGGGGGUUGAGGUUAGGUCAUUAUCCUUUGAUUCCCUGAAGGAAGUCACGGAAUGUCUGUUGGACAUGAACCAAGAAGUUGUGAAAGUGAUCCUGCAAUGCAAGAAGGACAUAUGGAAGAAUCAAGAAUUGUUUGAACUGGUUGAGGAGUAUUUUGAGAACAGCCUCAAAACCCUAGACUUCUGCGUUUCCCUCGAGAAAUGCCUCAAGCGGGCCCGCGACUCCCAGCUAUUGAUCCAAGUUGCCCUCCAGCAAUUCCAGGAAGAGAGCGAAGGGGAUAACAAAGACAACAAGUACACGAGAACUCUUGAGGAAUUGCACAACUUCAGAGCUUUUGGGAAUCCAUUCACUGAAGAGUUUUUCCAGAUUUUCCAGUCUGUGUAUAUGCAUCAAGUCCUGAUGCUGGAGAAGUUGCAGUCGAAAAAGAACAAGCUUGAUAAGAAGCUAAAGUACAUCCAUGCAUGGAGAAAGGUGUCGAGCAUGAUCUUCGCCGCAGCGCUUGCAGCCGUUCUGAUCUGCUCCGUGGUGGCUGCCGCCAUAGCUGCACCUCCGGUGGCAGCUGCACUGGCGGCAGCCUCUUCCAUCCCCAUCGGCUCGAUGGGUAAAUGGAUCGACUCUUUCCUCAAGAACUACGAGGACAUCAUAAAAGGGCAGAAGGAGAUAAUAAACUCCAUGCAAGUGGGGAGUUAUGUCACCAUCAAGGACUUGGACACCAUUAGGGUUCUGAUCGACAGGCUGGAGAUUCAGAUCGAAUCGAUCUUAAACAACGUGGACAUCUCCAUUAACGAAGAGGCUGUGAAGAUCGGCGUUACAGAGAUCAAGAAGAAUCUGGACGUGUUCAUGAAGAACGUCGAAGAUUUAGGGGUGCAGGCUGAUGUUUGUAGCAGGGACAUAAGGAGGGCUAGAACUGUCAUAUUGCAAAGAAUCAUAAAAAAACCCAACCAUUAGAAGGAUCAUAUCAUUCACAUGAUUUGAUUUCUCAUAUAGUACAGACAGAGUGCUGCAAUUGUUUUUUUCCUCAUCAUCUUUAUUGUAACAUGUAUGUGUCAUGACUCAUGACAAUUUCUCUUCUUAACAUUAUGAAAUAAGGAUAUUGUAUUUAU